GGAGGAGAUGGUGAAUGUUGGGGCUCUAGGAUGUGAAGAGUAAGUUAACCUUCUGAAAUUACAGUACAACGCCCUCUCAGCUUCUCCUUGUCCUUCACCAAACCGGAUAUCGCACAGAGCCCCCUAGAUUUCGUGGCUUCUUGUGCACAAAAGAUUUCCCAAUCGAAAUUUCUGUUGUUUCCAUACAUGAGGUGAAGCAAAUAAGGUGAUGGCAGACUUACCAGGUUAUGUGCGUGCCUGUUUGCAAAGUGGGAAACUUGCUUUCUUGGCAAUCUUGGUCUCUGGUGGAAUUAUAUUACAAAUUUUGGCAUGUGCACUGUACAACAAUUGGUGGCCUAUGCUAAGUGUAAUAAUGUAUGUACUACUUCCUAUGCCUUUGCUCUUCUUUGCGGGCUCUGAUAGUUCUUCUCUCUUUUCAGAAUCUAAUAACAGCUGGGUCAAUGCAACCAAGUUCUUGACUGGUGCCUCAGCAGUCGGAAGCAUUGCAAUUCCAGCGAUUUUAAAGCAUGCUGGUGUCAUUGGCUGGGGAGCACUGGCAAUGGAGCUUUCUUCAUUUUUUGUCUUUGUGAUAGCCAUAAUGUGCUACAUCAGCAUGAACGAUGAAGAUGGUUACAGCAUUCUCUAAAACAUUAUUUGUAAAGAGGUGAUUUUUUUUUGUGCCAUCACAUUUUCUUUUUCAGGGCUUACCCAACCUUUGUAUGUUGUGUUUUACAGUGUGAGCAAACUUGAUGCUGUUAUUCUAUUAAGGUUUCAUUCUUUGUGCA